GUGGGCGGCAGUGUAGCUCAAAACGCGGAAGAGGGAGGGUGCGCCGUGCUCCGCUCUAAGCCAUCUCUUGCUUCACGCCGAGGCUGUUUGUCGCGCCAGCCUCGGAAGAUCCCAAACACGACGGCGGCCGGGAGGAGUCUAUGGCAGGGUCCCGCAGGUUGUGUGUGCUUCAGGGGAGAUGUGAGGACUAGCGGAAACCCUCUCUUUGAUCGCCUUCACGUGUUGUGGUGUGGAACUCGUACUGAAGAACGAAAGAUGAGAAUAGCGAACCAGAGACAAAAUAGAUGUUGAUGAAGAUGUGAGGACUAGCGGAAACCCUCUCUUUGAUCGCCUUCACGUGUUGUGGUGUGGAACUUGUAUUGAAGAACGAAAGAUGAGAAUAGCGAACCAGAGACAAAAUAGAUAUUGAUGAAGAUGUGAGGACUAGCAGCAACCCUCUCUUUGAUCGCCUUCACUUGUUGUGGUGUGGAACUUGUACUGAAGAACGAAAGAUGAGAAUAGCGAACCAGAGACAAAAUAGAUGUUGAUGCAGAUGUGAAGACUAGCGGAAACCCUCUCUUUGAUCGCCUUCACGAGUUGUGGUGUGGAACUUGUAUUGAAGAACGAAAGAUGAGAAUAGCGAACCAGAGACAAAAUAGAUGUUGAUGCAGAUGUGAAGACUAGCGGAAACCCUCUCUUUGAUCGCCUUCACGUGUUGUGGUGUGGAACUUGUACUGAAGAACGAAAGAUGAGAAUAGCGAACCAGAGACAAAAUAGAUGUUGAUGAGUGGCGGAAAUACAAUCUUUCGACGCCUUCAAGUGCUCUGGUGCGAAACUUGUCUGGAAGAAGGAAUGAUGAAGAGGACGAGCAAACCAGAGUUAGAGUAGCGAAUGUUGAAGAGUGGCAGAAAUACAAUCUUUAAAGGCCUUCUCCUGCUGUGACGUCAAAUAUAGAAGUGAAGGAAGGAUGAAAGAGACAAACAAACCAAAAACAAGUUACUGGGUGUUGAGGAAGCCUUCUACUUCUUCAGUUAACCGCCUUCAUGUGCUGUGGCGCCAAACUUAGAGGUGAAGUGAAGGAAAGGCGAGGGACACAAGUACCACACGAGACAGACAAAGUAGGUGGGUGGAGAGUGGAGGAAAUACACGCUCUAUAGGGGUAAAGAGCUUGGCGCGAGGAAGGAGAGACACGAGAGAUGAGGCAGACAAUUAGAACAACGCUGUGAAAAAUGAAGCCAAGAAAGUGAAAAAAAAGAAACAGACGGAACAUAGCAGUGAACAGUGAGGAAAAAAGAGAACAGAGACAGAGCAUGGCAGUGAACAGUGAAGGCAAGAAAUACACUGUUCAUACGCCUACACGUGAAUGGAGGGGGUUAAAAAAAACCCACUGAAGUACCGAAACUCCUUCCUUCGUGUGUAAUAACGCUAUCAUCAUCAUCAUUAGCAUUUCAAGGGGGAUUUUAGUAUCCUCUCUCCCCCCCCUCUCCCCCCCUUACAGACUUUUGACCAUAUACCAACGAACCCACUCCCCCUUACUCGUACCCCCCCCCCCCCCCCCGGACCGCCCCAGUGAGUGUCCAAGGCGCAGCGGCCCCCAUGGUGACCGCCCCAGCACCCCCCCUUCAUAUCGUUCCCCGUCUCCACCGCCGCCACUGCCGACGUCAUAAUGAAGUUUUUGUUCAGGAAGAAAUGGAAACGUGGGAAGCCCCUGACGGAGAGGCUGCCGUGGCUGGCCCUACAGAGUGACUUGCUGGAGGCGACGCUGGUGAGCCGCGGGGGUAGCCGCAGCAGCAGCCCCUGCCCGGAGCAGGGCGCCGCGGGGGAGGUUCCCUGUGGGUGCAUGUGCCUGCUGAGGCUGCUGCCGCUCGCCCUCCUGCUGCUGCUGCUGGCGGCGGCGGCAAACUUCGCGGCGACGUUCGCCUCCCUCCUCGGAGCCACGCCAUCUGUCCAGCCAAGACCGCUCCUACCGCCCGUGCCUGAGGACAGCCUCCCGCCAGCCGUGGCGGCCAAGCUGCUGGACCUGCCGGACCACCAGCUGCUGCACGAGGCGGCGGACGUGUGCGGCACGCCGCGGCUGUUCUUCCUGUUCCUCGUGCACUCCAGGCCCGACCACUUCAAGCAGCGGCAGGCCAUCCGGGCUACGUGGGGCGGCGCGCGGGACCUAGGCGACGGCUGGGCCGCCCGCACCGUGUUCCUGCUGGGCCGGGGCAGUGGCGGCGGCGGCGGCUCGGAGGGGCACGAAGGGGCGCCGGCCAGCGUGGGGCUGGACGUGGAGGGCGUGGUGGCGCGGGAGGCGGCUCGCUACGAGGACCUGGUGGUGGGUUCCUUCGUGGACCACUACCACAACCUGACCUACAAGCACGCGAUGGCGCUGCAGUGGGCGGCGCACCGCUGCCCGCACGCUGCCUUCCUCGUCAAGGCGGACGACGACGCCUUCAUCGACGUGCCGGCGCUGCGGGCUCUGCUGGGCCGCACCUUCAGCCUGCCCCCGCCGCGCCGUACGCUGGCCUGCAACGUACUGCCGGCGGGCAUGCGGCCACAGCGGGCGGGCAAGUGGGCGGUGAGCCACCAGGACUACCCCUGGCCUGAGUACCCGCGCUACUGUGCCGGCCUCGCCUACGUGCUCACGCCGGCGCUGGCAGACCUGCUGGCGCGCGCCGCCCAUGCGGGGCUGGCGCCACGGGUGUGGGUGGACGACGUGUGGGUGACGGGCCUGCUCGCCGAGGCGCUCCGCCUCAAGCCGCAUUACCUUAACCUCCGCUACUCCUACGACCACGCUGAGCUAGCAGAGUGGACGACCCGCGCCCGGCCCGCUGCGCCUCCGCCCUACACCUUCGUGCACCUGGACCCCUCGCGCCCGGACUGGCGCCGCGUCCUGGAUACCCUGUGGAGCCACGCCCUCGCUGCCCACCGUGCCACCCGGGCGUCGCCCGUCUCACUGACCCUACAAUGACACUCAGAGUGCCCGGGGACGGAAGGAGCUUGGCGGGUGCCUGGUGACGCGGGGCUGCUGGUUCUGCUCAAGGUGACGCAAGAUAGCAAGAAGCUCUUUGCGCCCUGAGGCACAGUAGACCCCCCUCUCCAGGGAGCGAGGUUGGGAGGUUUUAAAGCAUGGAUGUUACGGGAGUGAAGGCGCCGAGACAACCCGAGAGAGUGAGCGAAGCCCCGGGGUGGAAAGUGGCGUCAAGGGCUAUGGUGCUUCGCUCGCCCCUCCUCCGACGAACAAGUGGCCAAAUGAUCGUGUCCCGCCGCGACCUAAAGCAGGCAGGCGGGGGACACACCGCGAGGGACAUUCAGUUUCAGUGACUCGAGACGCCAAACAGAAGUCACUUUAGCCCUCCUUACCCCAGCAUACCCACCCCCUUGAAAACCCACGCCUACAACCCCCCUGUUCCUUAUCAACCCCCCUCCCCAAAAUAACCAACCUGUGAUAUGUAACAAUUCUGUAAAUAAAACGUAU